AUGAAGCCCCCAAAGUCCCUCCUCAGCCGCCUCCCCGGCAUACGCUGGACCCCCUCCGACAUCCCGUCGACCUCCCCGUCGACCUCGAAGCCUACUAAAUCUCGGAACCCGUUUUCGCUCAAAGCCGCGCCGCCAGAGCACGGCACUGUGCGCCCGCGCGCAUCCACCAUCAGCCUGACGUCUGAGCCGGAUGUCGAUAUCGAGGCGCGCACGCACGCGCAGGGCCAGAGCGACUUCUUCACGCGACUGCCGCUUGAGCUGCGACAAUUGGUAUACGAACAUGUCAUGGGCGCAGAGAUCGUGCAUCUGACACUGAGCACGAAGAAGAAGCGGUUCGGCCAUUUCCUGUGCGACAGCGAGGGAGAUGGCGGGAGGGAGUACAUGUGUCGCGUGCUGGUGUUUGGUAAGAAAGGCGCGAGGUUGUACCCUGGUGGGCCGACUGUGCUGAGGGCUUGUAGGCGAAUGUACUCGGAAGCGAUCUCGUAUCUGUAUCGCGCGCAUACCUUCUCCCUCCUCCAUAUCACGCACCUACUCUACCUCCCCGCUUCGAUCCCACAACCGCGCCUGAAUUCGAUUCGCACGCUACAUCUGCGCUGGGCUAUCCGCGCACUGCCUUAUAUGAGUCGCGGUCCUUCAAAUCGCGUCGUGUACCGCGACGAUACUGCGAAUUGGGAGAAAGCGUGGACGAUAAUAGCGAAUAUGCAGGGACUGAGGCAUCUUCGGGUGAUUUUGAUGGAUCCCAGCCCGCAGUGGCUCUGGCAGAGCGAGUGGAUGGAGCUAGAGAAUAUGCUGCUGGAUAGCGUGAGGAUGGUGACGAAGCCGCGCGACGCUAUUGUCGUGCUGCCGUAUCCGAGUUGUAGGACGGACUGGGAUAUGGGGGAGAGUACGGUAAAGCUGAGGAUAUUCGGCAACGCAAGUGAUGCUUCGGAGGAUACUAAGUAA